CAAGUUGACCUGCAAAAAAACUGGACAGUUGAAAUCUUGGAGACCUGAUCACCUGGAAAACAACUUCUGAAAAAUUAACUGAUACAUGAUAACGGAAGAAAAACAUACAGCAGUAAAACUACAGCAAAACCUACUGUAAUUUACUGCUAAAAAUGGCUUCUAGCGGACCACCUGCGGGGGAGGACCUGCUGACCACACGGACCAUCAGUCAGUUUGCAGGUGGUCCCUUCUGGCCUCUGAACUCUGAACGCCCUGCUGCUGAGAGCCCCCCCGAUGACCCAAUCCUGCCUGAUUACCAGGACGACGACGAAGAGAGUGGCGUUGUUGGGGCGGGUGAUGUGGACGGGCUUCAGGAGGUUGAGCCUCAGGUAGGUAAUGCGGAAGGUGAGCAGCAGUUCCCACCACUGCACAAUGGGGUGGAGGGGCAAGAACAACAUUCCGCUGUUCCUUUUCCUGUUUACUACCCUGUUUACUACCCUGUUUACUACCCUGUUCACUACCCUGUUCCCUACGCUGUUCCCUAUGCUGUUCCUCAUGCUUAUCCUUAUCCCCCUUAUGCUUAUCCCAGUUCUCCUUACGCUUAUCCCCAUGCUCAUUAUGCUUAUCCCCAUACUCAUUACGCUUAUCCUCGUGCUCCUCCUGCUGACCCUCAUACUUUCGCUCCUGCUGAUCGUCCUGCUGAUCCUCCUGCUGACCAUUUUUAUGAUGGUAUCGAUGCUGCUGUUGAUAAUUUACUGGCCAGCUACAGGUAUGAGCAAUCUGAAGAGGACGAGGACGAAGACUCUGAGCUAGAUGUCGUUGGACCUGACGUCCCUGAACUGGAUGCUGAGCACAUCAAGCCAAUCUUCCUAGAAGAUUCUUCUGAUGAGGCAGUAGUUCCUGGAUCCCCCACAAUGUCUCACCUCGGCUGCUCCAGGAGACGCAGGGACGAGAGCGACGACGAGGAGGCGACUGCUGCAAAGAGGCGGAGGUGGGCUGAUGACAGCGACUGGGAUUAACUCUACGAUGGAUGGGCUGACAUUCCUCCUUGAAACAUCGGAGCAAUCGUCGAGUCCAUACCUGCCUUUCACCACAGCAGGACCAAUGAUUCCCGUGGUAGCUUUUGCGUCUGGCAGGGCUGCACAUAUCUAUUUGUGUAGCUUCUCAUUUUUGCACGGUGGUACGACUUUAUUUCUUUCAUCCUGAGGGCCAGCCUUUGCGUCUUGCAGGGCCGGCGAUGGUCCAGGUAGCUCUUGCGUCUGGCAGGGCUGAUGAAGACAAGGGUAGCCUUUGCGUCUGGUACGGCUGUCAACACCCCAGGAAGCGUCUUGCGCUGGGGCUUUUUUGUAAAUCUUUUGUAUAUAUAGUUGUGUAUCUCUUCAUUUUUGCAUGGGGGAUCGAUCGACUUUAUUUCUUUCACCCUGAGGGUUAGCCUUUGCGUCUUGCAGGGCCGGAAAUGCCUCCGGUAUCUCUUGCGUCUGGCAGGGCUGUCGACACCCCAUGCAUGUAGUAGCCUUUGCGUCUGGCAGGGCUGAUGAAGACAAGGGUAGCCUUUGCGUCUGGCAGGGCUGAUGAAGACAAGGGUAGCCUUUGCGUCUGGCAGGGCUGUUGACACCCCGUGCAUGCAGCCUUAGCGUCUGGCAAGGCUGAUGAAGACAAAGUUGCUUUUGCGUCUGGCAGGGCUGAUGAAGACAAGGGUAGCCUUAGCGUCUGGCAAGGCUGAUGAAGACAAAGUUGCUUUUGCGUCUGGCAGGGCUGAUGAAGACAAAGUUGCUUUUGCGUCUGGCAGGGCAAGGAACCUUCAGCUUGGUCGGUGUUCAAAUGAACACCAUAUUCCCCUAUACAAAAAAAAGCUGCACUGUCAAAGAGAAGACAAAGUACUUUAUUCCCAUAUCGUCAAUUGACUGAAAAUGCACUGGACACCUACAAAAACCGCAUAUCCAAAAAUAUGAGCAAACCUCAUGGCACCAAGUGCCAUGAAAUCUCCCCAAGGGCAGUUUGGUUAAAGUCUUCCCAAUGUUAGGCGCGCAAUUAGGAUGCCUCCUUAACAUCUUCAUCCAGAGGUUAAAAAUACCUAAAUUAAGAUUGCCAAAAAGGUACAGUAACAAUAUAAAAUGUUUUAUUUAUAAUAUUCAGUAAUUUAGAGAUUAUUUGUCUUACUAAUCAUUUUUGUCUGACUUUACUCUGAUCUAAACUCCACCACCUGACCUGUUGUUCACUGUGGACGAAAGAAGUAAGUACGGGCUUCUGACUUGAUCUAGAAUAAAAUGUAAUAUAGACAUGUUAUAGUGUUUAAAAUGAUAUGAUAUAGUGUAAUGUAAACUAGUUACAUACUCUAUACCACACCUGCUCAUUCAUAUAUUAUCACUAAUUUAAUAGUUCAAAGAUUAUUUGUCCGUUUUGCUAACCAUUAUUUAUUGUUCCACCUGAGCCGCUGCUGUUCACUGUGGAUGAAAAAAGUAAGUGAGCUUCAGACUUGUAGAGAAAGUGACUUAGAACAGUCUACAAUAUAAAAACAGAGAAAUCAGUAUUAUGUAACAUACCUACAAACUGUAUGCUAGAUCUAUGUGUUCAUAUAAUAUCACUUAUUUAGUAAUUAAAAACUAAUUUGUCGAUCUUACUGACCAUUAUUAUUAUUAUUGUUCCCUCUCACCUGAGCCGCUGCUGUUCACUGUGGACCAAAAAGGUCAGUACGAGCUUCUGACUUAAGAUAAAGAGACUUAGAAUAGUGUACAAUGUAAAGAGAAAGUAAGAAAUGUGUGUUAUUGUAUUGUAAUUUUGUUUAGUUAAAUAUUGCUUUACUAACCAUUUAAACAUACCUUUGUCCUACGCCACCAUGAAUGAGCCUCUGACUUGACUGAGAAAGUAAUAUGUUAUUUUGUAAAAAUGGUUCUCAGUGAUUUAAUAAAUAAGCCAUUAUUUGUCUUACUCACCAUUAUUUAUCUUUUUCUUCUCUUCCUCCACCUCCUGAGCUGCUGCCGUUCACUGCAUGUGGACAGCGAGGUGAUCGUCUUCUGACUUAUAUAAAUAUAAAUAAAGUAAUGUCCUAUAGAGCUCAACAGUGACCGCCCACUUCUGCUUAAAUAAAGAGAGCAUAAGAGUAUAAAAGAUUAUAUAAAGAGUAUAAGGAUACAUAAAAUAAUGUGUCAAUCGCUGCACCGGACAGAAGAAUGGCAAUCAUUUAUGACAAUAUUUCAAUAUUUACAGACAUUUACUGGCCUUUCUCAGUCUGCGGGAUUAAUGGAGAGAAGUGGUCAUGUGUUUUUUUACAUCAGAUGAUGAAAGGCAGCACGGUGGCUCAGUGGUUAGCACUUCUGCCUCACAGCAAGAAGAUUCUGGGUUAGAACCCAGGUCGUCCCGGGCCUUUCAUUUACAGAAAUGUUGAUCAAUGUGCAUUGUCCUAAUCAUAUUUGUAAUAGUUAACUUCUUUAAAAGCAUAUUUCAUUGCUGUAAUAGUCAGAAUAUCAGAAUAAAAGAUGUAGUCUAAUAAAUUCUGACCUGGGAUCAAUUCCCACUGCGAUACAUCAACCAAUGUGUCCCUGAGCAAGACUCCAGAGGCGUGCGACCUCUGACGUAUGUAGCAAUUGUAAGUCGCUUCGGAUAAAAAUCAUCAGCUAAAUGACGUGUAAUGUAACGUAGGAUAAAUUAGAAGUGAUUUAGUCUACAGGGCUGCACUUAACAGUCCAUUAGUAUGACUGAAUUUGACAUUAUUAAACAAUACAAAAAGCACAGACCUACAUUAUGUAUUUAUUGUUUUAGGGCAGGACUCCAGGUCAACCAAACCACACAAAGCCAGAAUCCAGCGGCCCACUGAGCUCACGUUGUCACCCUAUUUUAUCAACUUAACUAGUUUGGUUUUGCAUUUAUUAAAAAAACACUUAGUCUUAUAAAAUGA